UGUUCAGAUUAAUCCAGAGCGACAGAGGGAGCGUGAGGGACGACGAUGUUUGAAAAUGUCCCAACAGUGUCCGCAGUGGAGCGCCAGCAGGUACUGGGAGCUCUGGAGCGUCUGCAGGCCAAACUGGUGCAGAGGGAGGAGUGGACACACAGUGAAACCAUGGGCAACCUGAGGGAGACCCUGCAGAGUCCACUCUUCAGCCACAUCCUGACCCUGCAGCACUCCAUCAAGCAGCUGCGAAACCAGCUGAGCAGUAUGCCUCCUGAUGCCUGCAGUGAGUUCAGUUUCUCCAGAAAGGGUCAGCUGAUCAUGAGCGCCGUUAAUCCAGCCAGCAGCUCGGCUCCGCCCACCCUGUCCGCCUCCUCCCUCCUUACCAAUGGCUCGUCUCAUCCCGUCCAUCAGACUCCACCCUCGCCUGACCUCCUCCUGCAGAAGUGGAUCCUUGCCGCUGCCAAGGGCCGUCAGACGGAGCUGUGCCAGCUGACUCGGCCUCUGUCUGGAGGUCUGGGCUUCAGCGUGGUCGGUCUGAAUCCAGCAGGAAGCAGCAGUCAGGGUGUCUUCGUCAAACACAUCCAGCCUGGAGGCAUCGCGCACAGGGACGGGCGUCUCCAGGAGAGGGACCAGAUCCUGGUGAUAAACGGCUGCCCUCUGGAGCCGGGGAUCAGUCAGCAGCAGGCCCUGACCCUCCUGCAGCAGCCUGGAGAGACGGUGGAGCUGGUGGUGGCCAGGGACCGCCCACUCAGUGCAUCACCAUCAUCAUCAUCACAACCUGCCACCAGCGCCUUCAGCACGGAUCAGUGGGGUCACAUGGAGGAGAUCGAGCUGGUGAACGACGGAUCUGGUUUGGGCUUCGGCAUCGUGGGAGGGAGGACGUCCGGCGUGGUGGUUAGGACGCUCCUCCCAAACAGCGUGGCUGACAAGGACGGGCGUCUUCGUACAGGCGACCACAUCCUUCGCAUCGGGGCGACGCCCACCAGUGGCCUCAACAGCGACCAGGUUGUCAAGGUGCUGCAGGGAUGUGGGAGUCAGGUGACCUUGCUGAUCGCCAGGGAUCCCCGGGGUCAGAGGUCAACAGCCCCGCUUCCCCCACCACCUCCUGACUCGGCCCCCAUCUCCUCCUUACCCCCCCGCCCCCCUCAGCGCCGGCUCAGCAAGACGCCCAACCUUGAGGGAUACGAGAUCCAUGAGGUUCCUCUAACCAAGAAGGACGGCCAGAGCCUCGGCAUCUCCAUCAUCGGCUACAACCCGCUGACCAGCCAAGAUGCAGUAGGUGUGUUUGUGAAACAUGUGGUUCCAGGCAGCGCUGCAGAUCAAAGCGGAAACAUCCGAAUACACGACAGACUGAUCGCUUUGAACGGCAUCAGUCUCCACGGUCUGACCAAUCACGAAGUUCUGGAGGUGAUGAAGCAGACAGAUCAGACUGUCGUCCUCACUGUGGUCAGGAAGAAACCGAGAGCCCUUGAGAGAUCCUUGGAUAAAGUGGAGAGGGAGUCAUCUCGUGUGUCACUAAGGAGGUCGUUGGAGGUCAAAGCUCGCUCGUCUGGGCUUGGCUUUAUGGCGCCAAAGCUCGAACCAGCGUAUUCAAACACAGUACAGCUAACAAGGGCUACAGAUGCAGAAUUGUGGGCUAAAUGGGAGCAGGCUCUGGGACCAAAGUACCAAGUUCUGGUGGUGAAGUUAGAUCCUGUCAUUGAAGACGAUGCAGAGCUGCAGAAAUCCUCCAAGCUGCUGCCUGUCCACACUCUGCGCCUUGGUGUGGAGCUGGACUCAUUUGAUGGACACCACUACAUCUCCUCUGUGGUUCCUGGAGGCCCCGUGGACAAACAUGGAGUCUUGAGACCAGAGGACGAGCUCCUGGAGGUGAAUGAUGUUCAGCUGUAUGGUAAGUCUCGUCGGGAGGUUGUGUCGUUCCUCAAAGAGGUGCCUCCUCCGUUCACUCUGGUCUGCUGCCGACACCCAACCUCUGACAUGGAACCAGAAUCUGAAUCAGAAUCUGAACCAGCACCAGAACCAGCACUACGAUCUGAACCAGCACUACGAUCUGAACCAGUACUCCGACCAGGACCUGGACCACUAAGACAAUCACAACCCAGUGUGGAGGAGAUUGAGCUGAAGCUGUCGUCAAUGCUGUGCAGUCAGACAGAACUGAGAGAGAGUGUUACUGAACAGCAGCAGGCAGUCAGACAGGAGCAGCAGGUAUCUCCUGUAGAGGAGGUGCUGACGGAGCAGACGACUUCACACAGCCAGGUGGAGGAGGAGGAGGAGGAAGAGGAGGAGGAGCAGGAUGAAGAUGAAGGGGAGCUGGCUCAGUGGUCUCCAGACGUUCAGGUGUUGGAGCUUCAGAAGGAGAGAGACAAAGGCCUCGGAUUCAGCAUCCUUGAUUACCAGGACCCUCUGGAUCCCGGUCGCUGCGUGAUGGUGAUCCGUUCCCUGGUUCCCGACGGUUCAGCAGAGCGUCACGGCGGUUUGCUUCCCGGAGACCAGCUGGUGUCAGUCAACCAGACCCAGUUGGACCUGCUCACGCUGGGCCAGGCCGUGGAGGUCCUGAAGUCUGCCCCACCCGGUACAGUCCGCCUGGGCAUCCGCAAGCCUCUGGUGGUGGUGGAGGGAGUCGAGAGGAGCAGCCAGGUGUGUCUCAACAACACAGAGCUACCUGUAGCAAAGGGUUUCUAUGACAGCUCCGUCCUGCCUGAACACUUCCUUCAAGAAGAGGAGGAGGAAGAGGAGGAGCCAGAGCUGAUCCUGGACGGAGGUCUACCUCGAUAUACCUCCUCCUCUCUGACCUCUGACCUCCUGCCUGUGGAGGAGGGCAGAGAGAUGGCUGUGGACGAGGAGCUGGAGGUGGAGGAAGAGAAGGCAGAGGAGGAGAAGGAGGAGGUGAAGAUGCCAGAGAAAGUGGAGGAGGGUGUGGGCUCCCUCCCCAGGAGACCUCCCCCGUCAUGGGAGGAGUGGAAGCUCAGCUCCAUGGGCCGGACCAGAGGAGCAGAGGAGACUCGGAGCAGAGAGAAGCAGGAGGAGCUCAGAGGGAGAGAAGAGAAGGAGGAGGACGACGACCUGCAGAGAUCAGACCGUGAAAGCAUCGUGUCUUUAGGAAACCUGAUUCUGGGUAUUCCAGACUCCAGAGACAGUGAAGCUGACUCCGAGCUCACUCUGACAGACACCGACACAGAGUCUGUCAGGAUGAUUGACACAGCGAGACGUAAGAGGCGGAGCCAGGGAGGAGCAUCUCUACCAAUCAGAGGAGGCCACAGUGAUCUUCCUGAAAGAGAGGACGGGGAGGGAGAGGAAACUCCUGCCUUCAGUCACUGGGGACCCCCCCGCAGGGUGGAGGUGUGGCCUGAGGAGGGCCAGUCAUUGGGUCUGAGCAUCGUGGGAGGUCAUCACGUCAUCAAGCGUCUGAGGAACGGAGAGGAACUGAAGGGAAUCUUCAUCAAACAGGUUCUACAGAACAGUCCUGCUGCCAAAACACAGUGUCUGAAGACUGGAGACAAGAUCCUGGAGGUGUCAGGUGUUGACCUACGAGCAGCCAGUCACGAAGAGGCCGUCAAUGCCAUCAAAUCAGCUCCGAGCCCCGUCGUCUUCAUCGUCCAGAGCCUGUCAGCUACUCCACGGCCUGUGUCUCUAACAGCUCCCAGCUACAAUAAACACAACGCAGCGAGGACUGAGUCUCCGAAACCAGGUGCAGCCCCGCCCCCUAUGAGACAGCCCCCGCCCUACAGACCUCCCAACCAAUCAGAGCAGGAGCUGAACUCGGACCUGGAGCAGGCCAAAGAGCGGUGGUGUGAGCGUUAUGGAGACCUGCGGGGGGAGCUGCUGUGCGUGGAGCUGGAGAAGGAGCGGCAGGGUUUGGGUCUCAGCCUGGCGGGAAACAGGGAUCGUUCCCGGCUCAGCAUCUUUGUGGUGGGACUCCAUCCAGGCGGGGCGGCUGCUCGAGACGGACGCAUCCAGGUUGGAGACGAGCUGUUGGAGAUUAAUAACCAGAUCCUUUAUGGGCGGAGUCACCAGAACGCCUCGGCCAUCAUUAAGAGCACCGCCUCCAAGGUGAAACUCAUCCUGCUCAGAAAUGAGGAUGCUAUAAACCAGAUGGCUGUCCCCCCCUUCUCGUCUCCCCCUCCUCCCCCUGUCCUCAGCCCUGUCAGCCCUGAGUCUGUCUGUCCGGCAUCUCUCAGUGUCUCUGCCCCCACAGAUGGACCCCGCCCCCCCAACAACCUGAUGCUUCACCCGUUAUCGGAUGCACCGGACGAGACGAGCGAUGAAGCCGAGCAGAACAACAGGAACAGAAGCAGCAACAGUAACAGCGCCACCAAGAGUCUGAGGGAGAGCGACGCCUCCAAGAAGAGGCUGAAGGUUGCAGAGUCUCCAGAAAAUGAGCUUCAGGCUCCGAAGGCAUCUCUGGAGCAGCAGUCCUGCAGGUCCUCCAGCAGCUCCAGUAAACAGACGGCAGCAUCUCCUCCUCUGAUCAGCCCCGACCUACAGACCGCCAACAGAGACCCAUCAUGCUGUGCAGUGGUUCCUGGUCAGGAGAUGCUGCUGGAGAUCUGUAAAGGUCGAUCGGGACUUGGACUCAGUAUAGUGGGAGGAAGAGACACACAGCUGGACGCCAUCGUGAUCCAUGAGGUUUAUGAAGAAGGAGCUGCAGCCAGAGACGGACGCCUGUGGGCCGGAGACCAGAUACUCGAGGUGAACGGGGUGGACCUCCGCGGGGCGUCACACGAGGAAGCCAUCGCUGCCCUGCGUCAGACGCCGGCGAAGGUUCGUCUGAUGGUGCUGAGGGACGAGGCUCAGUACAGAGACGAAGAGAACCUGGACGUCUUUAAGGUGGAACUGCAGAAGAGGAGCGGCAGAGGGCUGGGACUCAGCAUCGUCGGGAAGAGGAGUGGCAGUGGUGUGUUUAUCUCUGAGGUGGUCAGAGGGGGCGCCGCUGAGCUGGACGGUCGUCUGAUGCAGGGAGAUCAGAUCCUGUCGGUCAACGGAGAAGACACGAGACACGCCUCCCAGGAAACCGUUGCUGCCAUACUGAAGUGUGCUCGGGGUCCGGUCCUGUUGGAACUCGGACGACUCAAAGCUGCAUCCUGGAUCUCAUCCAGACGCAACUCACAAGGAAGCCAGAUGAGUCAUGUGAGCGGGAACAGCUCAGGUGUUGUGGCUCCGCCCCUCAAACACGCCUCAACAUCAUGUGACGCCGUGACCUCAGACCUCCCAACCUCCACCAGCCCCGCGCCCCUCAACAACAACAACACCAAGUCCAGCAGUGACAUCACUUCCUCCUCUAACAGCACAGGCGUCGAUGCUGGCAUCCGUACAGUGGAGAUCAUGAGGGGUGUCAGUGACUCCCUCGGGGUGAGUAUAGCCGGAGGGAAGGGCAGCCCGCUGGGUGACAUCCCCAUCUUCAUCGCCAUGAUUCAGGCCAAUGGAGUCGCUGCCAAGACGCACCGACUCAAGGUGGGUGACAGGAUCGUCAGUAUUAACAGUCAGUCUGUGGACGGUCUGUCACACAGCGAGGUCGUCACCAUGCUGAAGAACAGCUAUGGAAACAUCAGCCUGCAGGUGGUAGCGGACACCAACAUCAGUGCCAUCGCCACUCAGGUGGAGAGUUUGUCCAGCAGCUCCAGUCUGUCAGCCAACACUGACACACACACAGUGGAGCCAGAGGGCCCGCAGCCCCGCAGCAUCAGUCUGGAGAAAGGCUCCGAGGGACUUGGCUUCAGCAUCGUGGGAGGAUUCGGCAGUCCACAUGGAGACCUGCCUAUCUACGUCAAGACCGUCUUCAGCAAGGGUGCGGCGGCAGUGGACGGGCGUCUGAAGCGAGGCGACCAGAUCCUGUCGGUGAACGGAGAGAGUCUGCAGGGAGCGACGCACGAGCAGGCGGUCGCCAUCCUGAAGAAACAGAGAGGAACCGUCACACUGGAUGUCCUGUCAUAACACACACACACCUGCAUGCACACACACACACACACACACACACACACACAUGAACAGACGCUCCUGUGACUUCACACACUUUGACUCUUGGACUACAAAUCAUCGUGAACUUCCCAACAUGCAAAAAAAAGAAAGAAAAAGAAACAGCAUCAGACGGUGCGCGCACACACACACACACACACACACAUCCUGUGGGGUGAAACCAGUAUACACUGAUGCCAGUGAAACUCUUCGCAGCAUGGCCACUUUAAUAUCUGAAGCAGAGUUUCUCAACCCAGGGGGCGGGGCUUCAGGUGAGCUCACCUGAUACAUAGCUGUGGUCGUGAUAAAAUCUGAUGGAUUAAUAUUUGUUUAAAUCUGAGGAUGAUGAUUAAGGAUGAAGAUCUUGACUGCUCAGCUGAUUGUGGUAUCUCAACAACUACUGGACGUAUAAAGUGCUGCAGGAAUGAGUUAGAAUUUUAGCACUUCCUGUUCCCUCGUCAGUGGGUUUUUUGAGAUUGUGUUUUUGGUUGGAUGUCUGAAAUAAGGUCUGUGGUUAACACAAGCUGAAGAGACUUUUAAUUCUAUGACAUAAAAUACAUCAGUAACACCCCACUCAGUAAUUUAGAAGAUUUUAUGUGUCUCAAAAAAGGCGAUAGCUAAGAAGUGGCUAAACAAGUCUAUAAAACGUCAUCAUGUCGAGCGCAGCUUUCCAGCCUCGUUGUGGAGGCAACGUUUUAGUCAUGUGACCCUGGUGUAGCUCGCUUGAACCCAAACGUUUGAUUUUUAUUUCAGGUUAUGGUGUUUGUUAGUGGAGAUCAUCACACUGAACAAAACCUGUAUCAUAAACGUUUGUUUGUCACAGAGUUUUUUUUCUGCAAAUAUUCAAAAUCUAAUGGAAAAAUCACGUUGACAUUUUGACGAGGGAACCGGGGCGACGCUAACUUCCACAUCAGCCAAUAAAAAAACACAUCAUCCCUGCUGCAGCUCAUAUUUUUGCUCCCCAGAUGAUGGUUUUUAAAUAUUUUGAAAAACCCUCUGACCUUUCCCCGUACACAAGACACAAAUCCAAUGUGCAUAUUGUGGUAAAAUUUCCUCUGGACAUUCGUCUUCUUGUCUCUUUUUGUCUCGUCACAGUUGUGAAGUAUUUUCAGAAUAUUCUAUUUUUAGUGAAGAAUUGCAGCACAAUGGGAGGAACCUCUCUGUCUGUCUCUACUCUCUCCCCGUGUCUUAUAUUUGGCUUCACGGCUGACGGGGCUGAGCUGUCCUCCCCUCUGUCUGUGAGCAGUCCACAUCCCCUUCAUCAUCAUCAUCAUCAUCCCCUUCAUCAUCAUCAUCAUCCACCUGAGUAUUACUAUCUGACCUGUCUCAGUUAUGUAAUGAUACUGUGCGCCCUGCUUCUGUCUUGGAUGGAUGAAUGUGUUCCGCAGGUAACGCCACGUUUCCUUCUCUGCUUCUUGGCUUAGGUUUACUCUCUAAAGGCUUUGACAGAUGUGAAAUUAGAAUUAACGUGCUCUAUUUGUAUGCCUUCGCACACCAGUAAAGUUUGACCUCUGAUCUCCGAAAUCCAAUCAGUUCAUUGUUUGGUCCAAGUGAACAUUUGUGCCAAAUUUGAAGAAGUUCCCACACGGUGUUCUUAAGAUAUCGCAUUUAUGAAAAUGAGACAGACAAGGUACACAGUGACCUUGACCUUUGACCUAUGACCUCCAAAAAUGAAUCAGUUAAUCGUUGAGUCCAAGUGGACGUUGGAGCCAAAUAUCCAAAAAUUCCCUCAAGGUGUUUUUCAGAUUCCAUGUUCACAAGAAUCAAAUAGAUGCAAGGUCACAGUGACCUCUGACCAUUAAAGUCUGAUCAGUUCAUCGUUGAGUCCAAGUGGACAUUUGUGCCAAAUCUGAAGAAAGUCCCUUGAGGCAUUUUUGAGAUAUCGUGUUCAUAAGGAUGGGAUGAACAGAUGUACAGCUGUUCAUAUGUAGGUACGUACGGACCCAAAAACAUAAUGCUUUCGACCACAGCUGUCACCAGCAAAGAAUGCAGAUGUUUUUUUAAAUGUUUCGGAGUCAGUGUGCAAAUGUGAUUGACAUAACGUGAGGUCAUAUUUAUUUUUAAACAUGCGAAAAUUCUGGAUGAAAAAAAAGGUGUGCUGUGGCCUGAACAGUAGGAAUAAAACUAAUUUUCAACUCAUGUCUUCACCCCAGUUUUUGCUGCCUGGAACCAACUCACAACUUCCCAUUGACUUUCAGUCUAAUGUUUAUUAUGUUCACAGGCUUCGUUAAAUAAUGCUAAUGUUAGCUAAUUGGCACUAAACACAAAAAGGAGAACAUUAGAUUUGCAGGUAUUUGUUCAAAAAGUAAAUUAUUUGGACACAUUAUUGUGGUGACCUUAUAAAAACUUAUCAAAGUUUUUAGAGUCAAAACAUUUAAUCAAAGAAUUGAUUAGUUGAAAUAAAUAAAACGUAAACAUUUGGUGGUUAUUGGUGAUCAUAGGUUUUUGAUAAUCUACAGCUGUAGCUGGAGGCGUUAUAUUUUCAGGUUGUCCGUCUGUCCCAUUCUUGUGAACAUGACAUCCCGAGUGCGUCUUCAGGGAAUUGCUUCAAAUUUGGCACAAACGUCCACUUGGACUCAACAAUGAACUGAUUAGAUUUCGGGGGUCAUAGGUCAAAGGUUGUUGCAGUUGUGACUUCAUCUGUUGCAUUCUGGUCAUUGCGAUAUCCCAAUAAUGCCUUGAGGGAAUUUCUUCAGAUUUGGCACAAAUGUCCACUUGGACUCAGCGAUGAACUGAUCAGAUUUUGGGGGUUGUAUGUCAAAGGUCGAGGCAGUUGUGACCUCAUUUGUUGCAUUUUUGUCAUUGCGAUAUCCCAAUAAUGCCCUGAGGGAAUUUCUUCAGAUUUGGCACAAACGUCCUCUUGGACUCAGCGGUCCAAGUCAUAGGUCUUGGUCGUAGGUCACUGUGACCUUGCAUCCGUUUGAUUCUUGUCAGCGCAAUAUCUCAAGAACACCUAGAGGAAAAUUUCGGAAAUUUGGCUCAAACGUUCUCUUGGACUCAAAGAUAAACUGAUCAGAAUUUUGUCAUCGAAGGUCAAAGGUUACAAUUAGUCGUAGCCCUUAAAUUAAGUACAGUUUAGCUUGUGAGGAAUGUGAAUAUCUGAACUAAAUUUAGAGGCACUCCAUCAGUUGUUGAGAUACUUGAACCACAACCGUCGACCUCACAGUGACACGAGGAUCGCUAAAGUCAGCAGGAUUCAUCAUCUGGGGAACAUGAAUGUCAAAAUGUCAGAUCUGUCCAACAGUUGUCAACGUGUUUCAUAUUCCUGCUGGUGUGGCAGAAAUAGAGAUAUCUGACAGAGUAAACGUGUCUUCACGAACCAGAAGAGGUUGAGAAACUCUGUUACUAGACAAACUAUCGAUUCAGAAUAUCAUCUAAAAACAAUCAAUAUGGAGUCAUGAAGGCGUGACGUUUAAAUCCAGCCUGCACUAGUUAAUACAGUCGGACACACACAGACAGCACAGAGGUUUGUUUUCAUGUUUAUAAUCCAGAGGAACAAAAGGGAAGUGUUGUUGGUGAAAAGAUGUGUUCUCUGACACUGCUGCUUACGUUAGCUUAGCAUCUUCGCUGUGGUAAAAGGCUGGUUAGCUGUUAGCCACCGUGUAGCAGUUACUAUAAACGUGAAAACCACCAGAGAGGUGAGUGUGUAAACUGUAACACAACUGAUCGUUUCAGACCUCAUCGACAUCUGGUUUUUAUUCUCCAUUAAAGAAACAGCUGUUACGUAUAAACAGCUGGUCAUCAAAAAGGGACUUUUCAUUUUUAAAUUGGCACUAAAUUUUGGCCAUUUUCAAACACUGAAUUAGCAACAGCGUUUUAAAUUUUUAUUUUUCUCGUAUGUUGUGGGCUCACUAAUGGUAAAUUGAAUUUCAGUUUGAUUAAAUUAUUUCUUUGUAAUAUCGGCAGUCACAAAAACGUAGAAUUAGGAAAAGGUAGGAAAGUCCACUUGUGGUCAUCGUGGCGUGGAUCCACAUCCCUUAUGGUGAUUGUUUUCAGUCUUUACUUUAAAAAAAAAAAAAAAAAGAACAACUAGGUGUUUACUGGUGUUUAUUUGAAGAUAAAAUCAGUGAAGGCUUGUUCUAGUUUGAACUUUGGACAAUGGGAAAAAGUUGGAAUAAACCAUCAAUAACACAAAUCUGGCUAAAAACUAGUUUUGAGUACGUUCUGAUCUGAUCUGAUCUCAGUCCCUGCACUGUGUCACAAUCACAAGAAUACAACCACAAAUUUAGCCAAUCCCUGUGACUUCUGUGUGACUUUACAAUUUUGUCCAAUCGCUGCAACUUUACCAAAAAUUUGACUAUUUAAAAUGGGUAAAAUCUCACAAGCACAGUGGCAGAGCUAACUGUUAGCAUCACACGGCUAAUGUUACCCAACGGUUAUUAAUGUGAGUCGAGUCAAGUCGAGCUGUUUCGGUGUCGGAUGUUUUACCAAUGCUGCGAGGCCUCUGCCCGAGCGUCAAAAUAUAACGAGUAGGGAUAACAUCAUAUAUUACUCUGUUAGCUUGUGCUAACCGGGAAGAGAAAACAGGAGGAGGCUCUCACAGGGACGGCCCUUCAGGACGGUCCUUUUUGCAAUUUCAUUGUGGAAAAAAAAAAAAAGGGUACAAACAUAGCAACAUGCGUCACAAUUUUUUCAGAGGAGCUGCUGUGAAAUCAGACAUUUCAGGAGGUGAGAAUCUGAAAGAGCCUGCAAACUCCUGGAGGGACGAUUAAUGGAAGUCAGAAUGUGUAGAAACUGAAAACAAUGAGCCAUAAAUAAACAUAAAACAAACAACACUAAAAUGUUUCUUCAGCAUAGAAAAACUUGGUUUUCUGUAGUUACUUUUAAUACAAAUGUUUCCUGAAGUUUAUCUUCGAAUUUUUAGGGACUGUUCGUCAUCAUAUGUGACAAAUGCUUCCAUCAGAAAAAUGAAAAUAAACAAAUAACAGAAUCAGAGCUUAAAAUACUGAUAUUUCAUCCAAAUCACUUUAUUUACGUCUCAUUUCAAAUUUGGCCAAAAAUAAAUCGUUUGCAGGACAAGAGUGAAAAACUGAGACUUUUUUCAUCUCCAGGAUUUCAUCUUCAACUUUUAACUUUCAAACAUCAAAGGUUGAGUUUUAAAAGUCUAAUAAGUCAUUAAUGGUGGAGGGAGGGUCGAGCGUUUUCCUCCAGUCACUCAGGGAGGCUCAAGGAAAAAUAUUUGGAGCUUUGGGGAGGAUCAAAAUAUAAAAACCAAACAAAAGAAAAAGAAAAAAGCAAUGAAGUCACCCCCCCCUCUGAUGAAUAAAGAACAGUCCCUUAAUAAACAUUUAAUUCCUCACGCACACAUUUUUCUUCCCGUCAUGACUCACAUACUGACACAUAACAUCAUAUAAAUGUUAAAUACUCAUGUGUCUCCGUGGAGAUGACUCUCAGGACUUGGUGGGCUUGGAGACCCCCUGUCGCCCCCGGCAACAGAUACAGUGUCUUCCACAUGAUUGUUACCAUGGAGAGAAAAACUACAAAAACGUGUCUCCAUGGAGAUUUAGAAUAAUUAAAGGCUUUCUAGAAGCAGCGUGGAAAAAAAGCAACAGAUGGACGUUCAGUAAAACUCUUGUUCUCCGACGUCUGCAGGGUUUGGUUAGCGUAGCUUAGCUUAGCAAAAAGACUGGAAGCAGGUGGAAACUGUUAGCCUCGCUCCUUCAAGAGACAGAUACCCACCUCUCCCUUCUCAGCUAACAAACGUUGAUCACACGUCUCAAUUGAAUCUUUUGGUCCUUUGGUACUUACACAUAGAAAUACAAAGAAACGGCCGCAGUCAGCGUUUCUGGGGUUCAGCUAGCAUGGACCGUUAAAACUGCGACAUUUUAUGACGUCUGCAUUAAAAAUAAUCAACAGGUUUUAUGAUGAUCAGACAGACGCGCAAUGAUUUACAAUCAAAUCUGUGCCGGGCCACGCUCCUCUGUGGCAACACUGUCGCUUCCUGUCGGUCAGCUGCAGAAACAUGUUGGGGACAUUUUAAGUUAUGUGAACAAACCGUCAUCGAUUUAUGGUCAAAUUUUGCUCCAGGUUAGUGCAGCUGAAACUGGCAGCGCAGCCUGUUGGCUGAUUUCAAAAUAAUUUUACACACAUUGUCGAAUGCUAUAAUGAUGCAUAUCCUGCAAGUUUUGUGAUGUUUGGAGAAACAUUCGCUGAUUCAUAGCCUUUGUGUAAUGCCACACCACUGUAUUACAUGUGAUACGCCCCCUAGUGGUGGAAUGAAAAUUUUAGGGUAUAUUUCAGGUACUUGCGUGGCUAUAUCCUGCAAGAUUUGUGACGAUUGGCUCAACAAUUAAAGUUCAUUGGUCAAUAUUUCAAAACACAAAGAGAUAUCAACAAGCUUUUGAUAACUUUUGAUGAACUUGGUUUGGUGAUGAUCCACAGAAAAAGUUGCACAAACUGGACCUGCGGUUUAAGAGGAGCCGUCAAAAAUGUGUUUUUCAAAAAAUUAACAAUUGCGGGAAAUCAAGUCAGGCGGAGCCUAACGGUCCUUGAGGCUUUUUGUAGAGCGCAUUGAGCUGGACAUGUCUGACAAAUUUCAAGUCAAUCUGAUUUACGAUGUGAGGGCCGUCGCCUUUCCUAAAUUAAACUUUAUGGCCUUAGUUACAGCGCCACCAUCAGGCUGAUUGGCGUCAUAUUUCUUGGGCAGCAUUUGCAGCUUUCAAUCAUUAGAGAAAACUGUUGACGAUGCGCCAUCUCACGGGAAUUUGAGAAAACAUUUCUGAAGAAAUAAAUAAAUUCGCAGAAAAACAAAAAGGUUUUCAGCCCUUUGACGUGAACUCCUCAGCUUAGGGAUUGAGAUUCGAUGAAAUGCAAAAUGAAUUUCUUAGUUUAGACGGAGAACAAGAGGAUUUACCAGCAUGUCAGACUGUUGCUUGUAAUCUUAAAUUUUACAACAUGAAGGUAGUUGUGUGUUUGCAGAGUUUUGCUAACGUCUCGUCUGAUACUGCAGUACUCUGUUCAGAUAUUUAGAUGUGUAACUGAAGUAUUUAGCAGCAGCUGUAGGCGUCAGAACGGAGAACAGAUCCUGUACUUUAAACAUAUCAAUCAAGUGCAAAAUACUUUAUGUUCAGCCUUUCUUUUGUCAUAAUUACUGUCUUAAUUUUUGGUACUUUUAUUUGUAGAUGAACCUUAAUUUAUUUUUUUGAUUUUGCUGGAAAUUAAUGAUGUAUUUUGUUGUUGUUGUUUUAAUGAUGAUGAGCAGCGAUGUGUUUGUGCCACUGUCUGAAACCUCAAUGGAAACCCUGCAGCUUUGGUUUGCCUUCACACAGCACUCAGUCAGAGGCGCUGCCAAAAACCAGCUGAGGUUGCACUUUAUUUUACAUCAUUUCUCGAUCAUUUCCUCAGAAGCUUCCUGUAGUUUGGUACGAUUUGUAUAAGACACAGAGAGAUCUUUUAGUCAGAGCACAAUAAAUGAAUAAUGAGUAGACUGAGCUUCUCUUUGAAGGAGAUUCCUGUGGAAAAGUACGACUGCUUCAACUGCAAAAAUAAAAUUAUCAGGACAUAGAA